UCGCGACAAUCGUUGAAGUCGGUCGUCACAGGCAUCGGUUAGAAUUAACCUGGAUAUAAGCAAACACAGUCCAUAUGGGUCCACUUUUAUGCAACUAUGGAGCUAUACAGCUUGGAAACAAAGCAAAUCAUAACAUUGCUGCCAGGCGCAUCCACGGUGAUAGGAAGAGGCCCUGAAAGCGGAAUUACAUCUCGUUUUGUAAGCAGACAUCACUGCACCAUCACCGUCUCAAAGGGUGUCAACGACUACAGCCCCAGUCGAGAUGGAAACGCCCAUCGCAACCAACAGGCGUCCUCUGCUAAACCAACACAAGAACCUGACAUUCAGCUAACAGUGUUACAUCCAUCUGGAGCUGCUGUCCUUCGAGGGGAGGUCGCUCGCGCUCACCUGCAGGGCGGCGAGCCCCAUCUGCUGCUGCCUUCGGGACAUAGCUGUCAGCUUUAUCCAGGCGAUCAGAUCUUCCUAGAGCGUCAGGACGCGCGUCUCGUCAGCGGCUUUGAGCUCCGACAUCCCCGUCACCAGCCUUGGGGCUCCUCCAGCCUUCCUCAAGUGCCUUCACCACCACCACCAGCAGCUGCUGCUCAACUGCCUGGGGCACUCGGAGGACCCCAGCAAACCACACCUGACCACCUUCCCCAACCGCAACAGCAGCAACAGCAACAGCAGCAACCGCAACAGCAGCAACCGCAACAGCAACCGCAACAGCAGCAACAGCAACCGCAACCGCAACCUCAACCGCAACAGCCACCCCAGCCUCCGGCCACCCCUAGUGGUGCUGCUCAGGCUUUGAAAAGGCAGGCAGCGGAGGCAGCUACAACUGACCAUGUUCCUCCGCCGCCAGCAGCCCUGCGAGAAGCGACCGCAACUGCGACUACCGGUAAUGGGUCUACCGUCCCAUGGGUCGGCGCCCCACCACCAC